GGGACUGACAUUACGUCAUACGCAUCGGCACGGUUUCUGAGGCGGACCGUGUGUUUAGCGAGGAGCACAAAGUGCACUGAAGUGCUGAAUGUGUGUGGCGUAAGACGAUGAAAAUUCAGCGAAAAGCACUGAAAGUACACGUGUGAUAAGGGUACCAGCAUCAGCAAUCAACCGACCGUCGCUUCCACCUCGAUAGAUACGGCAAUCAGCACCGUGCGUCAGAAUGCAUCAGCUUUACGCUGCUACCGGCAGGAUGGUGCCGAUGCUGCUGUCCCGCAGUGCGGCCCGAGCCGUACCGAGUUCGCUGCGUGCCUACUCGGCCCGGCGUCCCGGCUUCUUCAGCCAGGUGGUCGACAACAUCAAGCAGGAGAUGGAGAAGAACAAGGAGAUGAAGGAGAAUCUGAAAAAGUUCCGCGAGGAAGCGCAAAAGCUCGAGCAGUCAGACGCGCUGAAGGCGGCCCGGCAAAAGUUUAACACGGUCGAGUCGGAAGCGUCCAAGAGCAGCGAGGUGCUGAAGGAGAACCUGGACAAGGUGCGCGGUCGGCUGACGGAAGCGCUCGACGAGGCGUCCCGCACCGAUCUGGCCCGCAAGGCGGGCAAGCUGGGCGAGGAGCUGGGCAAAACGGCCCGCGGCAUGGGCGAAACGCUCGCCGAGAAGGGGCAGGUGAUUGGGCAGUCCGGCGCCUUCCGGGGCAUCAGCGAGACGGCCAAGGUGGUGCGGCAGGAGAUGGACAACCAGAGCAUCGAGGCGCGGGUGUACCGCAGCCCGGAGAAGCUGCGCAAGCGGGUGGAGGUGUCGCUCGCCUCCGAUCCGUCGCGGGCGGUCGAGCCGAACGCGGAAGCGACCGGGGUCGAGCUGCACAAGGACAGCAAGUUCUACCAGUCGUGGGAGGACUUCAAGAACAACAACCAGUACGUGAACAAGGUGCUCACGUGGAAGAUGAAGUACGACGAGUCGGAAAACCCGAUGAUCCGGGCGUCCCGGCUGCUGACCGACAAGGUGAGCGACAUCAUGGGCAACCUGUUCUCGAAGACGGAGCUGUCCGAGACGCUCACCGAGAUCUGCAAGAUCGAUCCGAGCUUCGACCAGAAGCAGUUCCUGCGCGACUGCGAGAACGACAUCAUCCCGAACGUGCUGGAGGCGAUCGUGCGCGGCGAGCUGGAGGUGCUGCGCGACUGGUGCUUCGAGAGCACGUACAACAUCAUCGCGACGCCGAUCGCGCAGGCGCAGAAGGCCGGCUGCCGGCUCGACUCGAAGAUACUGGACAUCGAGAACGUCGAUCUGGCGAUGGGCAAGGUGAUGGAGCAGGGCCCGGUACUGAUCGUCACGUUCCAGACGCAGCAGAUCAUGUGCGUGCGGGACGGCAAGGGCGCGGUGAUCGAGGGCGACCCGGAGAAGGUGAUGCGGUGCCACCACGUGUGGGUGCUGUGCCGCGACCCGAACGAGCUCGACCCGAAGGCGGCCUGGCGGUUAAUGGAGAUGUCCGCCAACAGCACGGAACAGUUUGUGUAGGAGAGCAAGCGAGCGAGAACGAGAGCCCUGUAAAGUCAUCCCCCGUUUCCCCUCCCCCCAUAAUGACUCGAGUCGCUAGUGUGAAUGUGUGCGUGUGCAAAGGGGCG